AAGACUGGCGUUUUCUCGCCUCCUCAUUAUUUCACAUCUAGCGAUGUGAUGGUGCUAGAGACGUGCCAUUGUGCACGAACAAAAUUUCGGUUUUGGAUGGCGAGGUAGACGGGUAUACGAGUUAAACCAGAGACAGGGAUUUUUAUUUUUGUUUUUUAGUGUCUUUACGUUAGUGGAGUGACAAAAUGAACGGACGCGUGACAGGCCAGGCCAUGGAGCUGCUGGGCAACGGCGGCUGCCGGAUCAUCAUGACCAGAUUCUUUCUGUCCCCAUCAACCAAAACCGUAGAGAAAUAUAACGUUAACAAAAGGUUUCGAUCGACGUCGUCUGUUUCAAGCCAUUCUGAACUGGCUCGGGAGAGGUCCAAAACAGUUACCUCGUUUUACAAUCAGUCUGCCAUCGAUGCAUCAGCCGAGAAGCCUUCUGUCAGACUGACGCCAGGCACUAUGCUUUAUGCAGGGAAGUCUCCCGAUGGUCAACAUAUCCUGAGCAGUGCCAAGUACCUACACAAAGAGCUGCCUGUCCGUAUCGCCCAUCGCAUUAAAGGGUUUCGCAGUCUGCCCUUUAUCAUCGGCUGUAACCCAACCAUCCUCCAAGUGCACGAGCUUUAUAUCAGGGCCUACCAUAAGCUGAGUGACUUCCCAGCCAUUAAAGACCUGGAGACUGAAGCUCGCUAUAGCAAACUUGUAAAACAGCUUCUCGAUGAUCAUAAAGAUGUCGUCACAAUGCUCGCUGAGGGAUUCAGGGAAUGUCGUAAACACAUUGUGGUGGAGAAUUUGGUUCGUAACUUCUUGGACACAACGUUGACGUCUCGUCUUGGCAUCCGCAUGCUGGCCACACACCACAUUGCCCUGCAUGAGGAUAAUCCGGACUUCGUAGGCAUCAUAUGUCGACGCCUUUCACCUAAAAAGAUCAUCGAGAAAUGGGUGGAUUUUGCUAGGCGGCUCUGUGAGCAUCAGUAUGGAAACUCGCCACGGGUUCGAAUCAACGGCCAUGUGGCGGCCCGUUUCCCUUUCAUUCCACUGCCUCUGGAUUACAUCCUGCCUGAGCUGCUGAAGAAUGCCAUGAGGGCCACUAUGGAGAGUCACCUGGACACCCCGUACAAUGUGCCUGAUGUGGUGGUCACCAUCGCCAACAACGACACAGACUUUGUCAUCAGGAUCUCAGACCGUGGUGGUGGUAUCCCUCACAGCAUUUUGGAUAAGGUGAUGGAUUACCACUUCAGCACAGCUGAAGAGAGUACACAAGAUCACGGCAUGAACAAUCUUUUUAACAACAUGACCAACAGCGGUCCUCAGUCUGGACCCAUGCAUGGGUUCGGCUUUGGUCUGCCCACAUCUCGAGCGUAUGCAGAGUACUUGGGUGGUUCUUUGGCCAUUCAGUCAAUGCAGGGCAUUGGAACAGAUGUCUACCUGCGCCUUCGACACAUCGAUGGAAAAGGAGAGAGCUUUAGAGUUUGACAUACGUGUCUGUUCGUUGACAUCGUUUUAAUGGUUAACCUUUCACUCCAUUUUCUGGCGGACAAUAUAUACCACAACUUAAAUUUUGGAUUUCUUUUUUUGCAGCUGAUGCGUGUUGUGCAUGAGGGUUGUAAUUGGACACAACUUUGGGAAAUGCGUGUUUGUGUAUGUCCCUGUCAUUAAAAAAAAAUUGAAAACCUUCAGCCUUAAGAAUGCUAGGUCAUAUAUUAGGUUUCAUAAUCUGGCAUGUUCCUCAUAUUCAUAUGUAAAUAUUAGCAAUAUUUUGCCUUACAGAAAAAGACUGAUUGAAAAUAUGUUGUCAGUCUUGCUUCACUUGUCCACUGUGAUCAUUUACAUUAACCACAGGUUUAGGGGUUUGUUGUAUAUUUACUGCUUGAAAUGGUAUGAUGUAUGUUAGCAAGCUAGUUUUGUUUUUUUCAUUUGGAAUUUUUAUCCAUCAAACAGUGUUUAUUAGUGAUGUUAAUAUUUGAAUAGAAUUUUUUUUUACGCCCUAGUCAUCAGCAAAUGUGGUAUCUCGUGGAUGUAUUCGUUUCAUGUUACAAGUUUUCAAACCUGUUUGAGACCCGGUGAGCUUUUUGGUUAAAAAAACCUGCUGAUUGAACUGCUGGAAAAGUUCAGGUUACACGCAUAACAAUAGCACAAAGUACUACAUAAUUGAUUUUGAAUAGAGUGUCUGUGGUUUCUUUUCAUGUUGAAAUAAAUCAAGCAAUGGAGAUGA